AAAAAGAGAAAGAACAUGUGGCUGGGUUUAGCCCCGAAUGCUUUUAUGUAGAAAGAAUUGGAGCAAAAAAAAUAGAAACCCCACUAGUUUUACGACCCACCAGUGAAAUAGUGUUUUACGAUUGGUAUCGGCAGAUACUUCACAGUUAUCGGCAAUUGCCUCUCUUGUAUAAUCAAUGGUGGCAUACGCUCCAUUCCAACACCCAAGAGGCCCGUCAAUUUACCUUAAAUAUUUUGUCCGAUUAUCAAGAUUACGCCGAAAAUAUACUUUAUUUGGGAGUAAUAGUCGGACAAAAAACAGCCGGGGAAAAAUUCGCUGGUGCUCUGGAAACCUAUACAGUGGAAUGCUUACUGCCAGACGGUCAAUGCUUACAAUUAGCCACUAGUCAUUAUUUUGGGGAUAAUUUUUGUCGUUUAAUGGAAGUAAAGUUUCAAAACAAAGACAACAAAAUGGAGCAUCCUUUUUCUACUUCUUGGGGCACUUCUACUAGAGCCAUUGGUGCUCUGGUUAAAGCCCAUGCCGACCACCCAGAAUUAAUUAAUUACUAUCAAGAGAUUUAUGGUUUAUUAAGUCGUCAUUAUCGUUGUCAGUUGUAUAAUAAAAAUGAACAAGUUAAUGCAAAUGUGCUCCAAGCCGACCAAGAGGGCUGUCCGUUCAAAAUGAUUAUCGGCAAACAUGAAUUAGAGCACCAAGAAAUUACUCUGAUAAGGAGGGACAAUGUGGAAAGGAAAAUUACUAUCAAAUUGGAAGAGAAUGAGUUAGAAAAAAAAUACAUUACGGCCACUGAAAAAUACUGGAAGGAAAUGAGCGAGAUUAACCAAGAAAACAAAAAAGAGUUUGAAAAAGCAAAAGUGGCUAAUCCAUUUAGGCAAGGUCAGAGGGCCGGAAAAAUUUUUGGAAUUAUCAGCCAAGAAACUCAAGAAUUACAAAAAAAUCUCUAUCAAAAAAGUGUGGAGUUUCGCAACAAGCACAUUUUUUCAGUCGCUAAUUUGGCCGAAUUAGAGAAAAAAAAAAAAGAUGGAAGUAAGGGCUUAUUUUUGGUUCCUUUUUGUAAUAAUUUAGAUUGUGAAUUGAAAAUUAAGGAAAAGGUACCCUCUUAUAGUAUUCGUUGUAUUGCAGGAGAGGAGCAAGUGGCUGCGUCGCAAAAAUGUCUUUUUUGCCAGUCGGCAGCCCAAAAUAGAGUUUAUUUAGGAAG